AUGAAGUUUGGAAAAAAUAUUAGGAGAGAAAUGCAUAAUCAUGCGAAUAUGCAUUAUUUAAAUUAUAAACUUUUAAAAAAGUUAAUAAAAAAUAUUAAUAAAAGUACAAAUGAAAAAGAAAUUGAAAAUGCUAAAAAAUAUAAUGAAGAAUUUGAAAAUGUGUUACAUUAUGAUUUAAAAAUAAUAGAGCAGACAUUUCAAAAUUUAUUUAAAGAAAUAAUGAAUAUAAAAAAUGAAAUUGAAGAAAAUUUUUCUGUAGGUAUGAUAGAUGAAGAUAUGAAAAUACAAAAAAAAAACAUUUCUUUUGAUAAGUUAUUAAAUAUAUUGAAAGAAAAAAAUGUAUCCAAAGAAUUUUUUGAUUUUUGUGUUCAAUUAAGUUUAUUAUCAAACAAAUGUAAAAUAAUAAGAACAUAUGUAAUAUAUAAUUAUAUAGGAUUGAUUAAAAUAUUAAAAAAAAAAAAGAAGCAUUGUAUUAAUAUUUUUCAAAAUAUAGGAAUAUCAGAUAUUAUAUCCAUGUAUUCAUGGUGUUUAUCAGACGAAUUACCAAAAUUAAUUUCAUCAGUUAACAUUAUAUCGGAUGAAUUUAUGCAAAAAUUUAGUAAUUCUCCUGUUACAAUGGAAAAAUAUAUUUGCCCAAUUUGCUUAUGUUUAAUUCAUGAUCCUGUAACUUUAAAUUCCUGUUUUCAUUCAUUUUGUUGGAGAUGUUUAGCUACAGCGAUUCAAAAAUAUUCUAUUGAUAGCUGUCCUUCAUGUAGAACUAAAAUUGUUUAUGAUAAAAAUUCUAUUAAAAUUGAUGGAAUAUUAAGUCAAUUUUUAGAAAAACAUUUUGUAAAUAUAGAAGAUAAUAGAGAAAAAGAAGAGGAAGAAAAUAAUAAAAUCGAAAAUAAUUUCACAUCUGAAUUCUAUUAUUGUGAUGAAAAUAAGACUUGUGUAUUAAAAAAUAUAAAUAGUGAUAAUUAUGAUUUUUAUGAUGAAAGCAUUGAUGAAAAAAAAAAAAAAACAGAUUUUAAAAGAGAAGAAUUGUCUAAAAAAAUGAAAAAAACUAAUGAUAAAAUAAUAAAAAGUAGUUUAUAUAAUUAUGAUUUAGUAAAACAAAAAAGAUAUAGUAGUAUUUCGUCAAACGAUGACAACACUUAUUUAGAAGAAAAAGAAAAUUCUUUUAUCAAUAAUGAAAAGCUAGAGGGUUAUUAUUUCAUUGAAGAAAACUCCAUUAAUUUAAAAUAUGAUGAUGACUUAGUUGAUAAUUCUGAAAAUUUAAACAAGUAUUUAUCGGUUUUGAAUAAAGAUGAUUUAAACGUAAUAGAUGACAAAGAAAAAGAAAGUGAUUAUAGCGAUGAAUUUCAUAAUGAUAUCACUCAUAAAAUAGAUUAUAAUAAUUUAAAAAUUAAGAAUGAAGAUAACUAUAAUAUUAUAAAUAAUGUAAUUAGUUAUACUCUUAAUUAA